CUAUGGUACUUCCUACAUAAACAGAGCGCGAGAUAUCGAAAUUAUUAUUUUUGGUCCUUUACUUUGUCAAAUCGUCAACUAAUUGUUCGCUUUAGCAGUGAAUGAAAUGUUGUUUUGUUAUUUGAAAACAAGCGAAAACUAGCAGCUGUUUGCAAAAAUUGUGUAAGGGAUCUUAUUUUAAGGCGUGACUGUAAGAAGAUGGAUAUCAGACUAGUAUCAGCCGGUGAUGAUAUUAAAAUAUGGGACAGUGAUGAUUUCACUCUUACCAGGCAGCUUAAUCCACAUAACCAGAACAUCUCUAGUGUAUGCUGGGCUUAUGACAACAGUUACCUGGCAAGUGUUUCUAUGCAUGCUGAAGAUAUCGCAGUAACUAAUAUGAGCACAUUUGAAAGUACGAGAUUAAAAACUGGGCCUGGCUGCCUGUGUAUAGAUGUGAAUGACUCAUCAAGAUAUUUGCUCAAUGGUUGCUCAGAUGGUUUGAUAUCAGUAUGGGACUUAAAGUCACAAAAAAUCAGCAAAACAUACAAAGGUCAUAAAGGGCCAGUUACUUGUGCAAGAUUCAACCAAGGAUCCAGUGCUAUAGCAUCAGGGUCCGAGACAGGGGAGAUAAUAAUAUAUAAUGUAGUGACAGGACAAGGUUGUAGACCCUUGGUUGCACCAAAUGUUCAGGCAAUAAAACAGAUACAGUUUAGUCGAUACAAGAAAUCUUUGUUUGGAUCAGUAUCUGAUGACGGUUGCGUGAAUCUCUGGGACGCCAAUACCCGACAACAGAUUCACAGUUUCACAUGCCAUCGUGCACCAACUACGGGCUUAAGUUUCUCACCUAUCAACGAUAUAUUCCUGAUGUCAGUCGGCCUCGAUAAAAGGAUAGCUUGUCAUGACGUCCACACCAAAAAAGUUGUGAAGAUUAUGACAGCUGAGAGUCCCCUUACAUCUAUUGAUACAAAGAGUGAUGGAGUAACUGUGGCAGUUGGUUCUACGCGUGGUAAGAUAUACCACUAUGAUCUGAGGAAAGGCCUGAUGCCAGUGAGGACAAUUGAUGCACACAAGUCUUCUGUACAGUGUCUGAGAUUCCAGACAGAACAAAAGGGUGAUUCGUUCAGUGGUAGAUCAACCUCAGGAUCAGUUAAACAGCAUAUAAGAAACAAAGGGAGGCAACUUCCUUCAAUGCCAAGGGAAAAUAUAGAAAACACAGCUCCUCUACACAACACAGGGGCCGAUGGGGAUGUUUUCUCACCACUCAGAGAAGGGUACCAAGAUCAGUCUAGUGAAGAAAUGGAUUACAGAUCAUCAACGAAUGUUACGCAAAACACAAAAAAUAGUACUGCGGAGAAUUUCUCAGGUGGAGUAUUUUCUCCAAUUAAUGAUGCAAUUGGGCGAGGAUCUGGAAGUGGUGUUGGAUUGUCCCCCUUGACAUAUUCUGGGUACCCACUGUCAGAGCAGAACAGAAAUAGUCCAGGGAUCUUAGAUUAUAACAGAAUGAAUAAUCAAAAUAGUAUACCAUCAUUGAAAAUAACUCAUCCUAGUGUUGAUGAAAGCCAAAGGUCAAGUUCAAGCUUGCCUAAUCAUUCACCAGCAUCAAAUCAUGUGACUUAUGAAGCUCCUCCCAGAGAAUAUUUACACCAAUCAGAUAGCCACUCCAGUAACUCAUCAAAUGAGAAUCUAUCAUCAAGUCAAAAACAUGUUGCCUUUGAAACAGAUGAACACAUUUAUUCAUUCCACAACGAAGGGGGGUCAGGCACUGUUAAUGGAGUUCACAGUCCUGAGCUGAAACGUCAAAGACAGGCAGCUCAUAAUCACCAGGUAGGCAUGAGUGCAUCACCUCAGUUUCCCAGCUUACCUCUGGAGGAUUCUCCCGGAAGUGCUUACGGCAGUGCUCACGGAAGCGCUCACAGCAGUGCAAGAACACCAGACGGCGUAAAUGCUCAAUCCUCGGUACAAAAUCUCAUGGACAUUAACCACUCGGCAAGAAGGGAAAAUAGAACAGUGAAAACUAGUGUAAAAGCAGACUCUCAAACAUUAAGUGGAGAUAUGAGUCAGUUAGCAGAGGUGAUAAGGGGCGUGGUUAGGGAGGAGUUAGCAGAGUUUAAGAAGGAUAUGAUAAAUGUAAUGAUGGACGAUAUGGUGGAUCAAUUACACAGAGACAUUAUCACACUUCAAGCUGAAAUGCUGAUUCAAUUUCAAAUACACCAGACAGAGAUGUUACAUCUACUGGAGCAUUAUUCUGUGAACCAGGAUCUUGUCUGUGAAGUUCAGAGAUUACAAGAAGAAGUAAAGAGAUUGAAAAAGAACUUCUAGAUUGUCAAUUUAUCACCAGAUUGUAGUCAGUUAAUUACACUACACCAAUGCAAGUUUAAUGUAGGUCAAAGGUCAUAGAUAUAAAGGUCAUUUAAUGAGAUAUAGGGUAUGUAAUGUGUAAAACAUACAUUUUGUGGUAUUAAAAUUUUUUAUAACAACCUUACUUUCCAUAUAUAAUAAUGACAUUUUUGUAAACUAUGUACUGACAAUUUUCUUAAGUAAUUUCUUCUUUUUCUCUAUAAAAGGUAGUUUGCUGUAUUAUUAAUUUGUUGCAAUGGUUCUUGAAGGUUAUAUUGCUGUCUAUAAAUGGUUGUUAGUAAUAUAGGUCUGGUUAUAUGUGCAAACAGUUAUUUUUAUAGGGCCAUAUAACCUGUCAAUACAUCUUUACAUACCUACAUUACAUGUAGCGUCUAUAUUGUACAAUGUAGACAAUGGUUAAAUUGAACCAUUUCAGCACAAUGUAAAUCUAAAAAUAGGCAUUUCAUACAGAAUAAGGUACCUACAUUUCCUUCAUAUUGUUCACAAAAUCUACAUUGCAAUAGAUCUACAAAGAAUAGGAUUUAGGUUGUUAAAUAUAAAACAGUCCUAUUUUGUUCUAUGUGUACUUGAGGUACAGGUUUAACAAAUUGUAGUUGGCAAUGCAAUUUAAAAAAAAGUAUGCUGCAACCACAUAGCAAUAUAUAGUUUAUUUGUUUUAUAGGAGAAUUUUACUUUGUUUGAUAUGUCCAUUAUAGAGUUUAUGGCAUACACUGCAAUAAGGUUUUGUGGAGUAAAUGAUCUGCAUAGUUAAGUUCACUCAGCAUUUAUAUUGGAUCUGGAUACAUUACAAUUUUAUACCAGUUUUUCAUAAAAUUGACAUUGCAAUAUUGAUGUUUUUCUACUGAUUUUUAAGAUUAUUUCAUAAAUUUUAUAUAUAUAGUAUCAUUACAUAUAGUCGACAUGAUCUACAUUGCAUGAAAUGCACUUCAGUUACAUAGCCAUUGAUCUUCCAUGAUGUAUUUGUCUACAUGAUACAUAUUUCAUCAAAAAUGCUUAUGCCAAUUAUGGUACAAGAGGUCGAGUGAAUUUUCUUUGUAUACUGUAGAUAUACAGUUUUAUAUCAUAAAUGACCUAUAUUGAAAUAAUUUGCUACAGUGUCAAUUCAUGUCCAUGAUUAUGCCGAAUGGUGCUAGAGUGUGUAUAGUGACUGUAUAUUUUAUAAUUUAAGAUAUAUGUAAAUCAAAUGUUGUAUAUUACACAUUUUUCAUAAAAUAUGUUUGGUAUUCCAUGAUAAUGAUUGUGAAGUUACAGCGAAGUAUAAGAAUAAGAUAUUAGUUACAGAGAUUAUUAUUACAUGAACAUUAUAUUUUAUUGAAACAUAUUGUUCAUCAUAGCUGUUUAGAUUUAUCUACAUAUUACACACCAGACUUGAUCUAACAUUGAAUGCUUAUCUAGGUUUUAUAGAUUUAAAUUGCCAAUAUUGAAGUAAAAUUUGUAUAUAUAUAAUAGUCAUUAAGUUGUAAAAAGUGCCUCAAAUUAGUUAUGAUUCAAAAUAGUAGACUCCUUUAUGAUUAUGUUAAUACAUUUUUCGUAAAUGUAUAUGGAGUAAUAUUUCAUAAAAUAGAUUUUUAUAGCAUGUUUUUCUAAAAUAAAUUGUUUCAUGUAAUUUCAGAAACCUACAUUUUCACACAACACAACACUGUAUAGUAACUUACAUGUCCAUUUAUAUAUGUAGUAAAACAGGUGCAUUUGUUGGAUGUAAUGGCCUAGAGUUUAUGAUAAUUUCAUGUCAUUUAGUGCAAGAGAAAAUAUAUGUAAUGGCCUAGAGUUUAUGCUAAUUUCAUGUCAUUUUGUGCAAGAGAAAAUAUAUGUAAUGGCCUAGAGUUUAUACUAAUGUCAUGUCAUUUCGUGCAAGAGAAAACAUAUGUAAUGACCUAGAGUUUAUACUUAUUUGAUGUCAUUUAGUGCAAGAGAAAACAUAUGUAAUGGCCUAGAGUUUAUACUAAUGUCAUGUCAUUUUGUGCAAGAGAAAACAUAUGUAAUGGCCUAGAGUUUAUACUUAUGUCAUGUCAUUUCGUGCAAGAGAAAACAUAUGUAAUGACCUAGAGUUUAUACUUAUUUGAUGUCAUUUAGUGCAAGAGAAAACAUAUGUAAUGGCCUAGAGUUUAUACUAAUGUCAUGUCAUUUUGUGCAAGAGAAAACAUAUGUAAUGGCCUAGAGUUUAUACUAAUGUCAUGUCAUUUCGUGCAAGAGAAAACAUAUGUAAUGACCUAGAGUUUAUACUAAUGUCAUGUCAUUUAGUGCAAGAGAAUAUAUAUGAUAUAGCAUUGAGUUUAUGAUAAUUUCAUGUCAUUUAGUACAAGAGAAAAUAUAUGUAAUGGCCUAGAGUUUAUGCUAAUUUGAUGUAAUUUAGUGCAAGAGAAAAUAUAUGUAAUGGCCUAGAGUUUAUGCUAAUUUCAUGUAAUUUAGUGCAAGAGAAAAUAUAUGUUAUGGCAUAGAGUUUAUGCUAAUUUCAUGUCAUUUAGUACAAGAGAAAAUAUAUGUAAUGGCCUAGAGUUUAUGAUACAUGUAAUUUCAGGUCAUUUAGUACAAGAGAAAAUAUAUGUAAUGGCCUAGAGUUUGUGCUAAUUUCAUGUCAUUUAGUGCAAGAGGAAUUUGUAAUAUGGUAUUGCCAUCUUCUUACAACUGUUAUUUAUACGUUAUCUCUCUGUUUGAAAGAAAGAGUUAAUGAUUUGUGUUUAAAGGUCCAUUAUGCUUCAGAAACACUACCAGUUUUAUUUAAAAUACUUUGUUUACAUUUUGCUACGUUAUGACACAUUAUUGCACAUCUUCAGGUAUUUAACAUCUAACAUGCACUAAAUCCAUUCUCAAACACUAUGAAACACAUUUAUGACAAUUUUAAAAA